AAAAAAAACAAACGCCCAUUGAAAAUAUACACACAACAUUUUCAUAGGCGCACGUGUGGCACGUGUUGCUUCUUUUUUGUUUAUAAUAUUACAAUUUUUUUUCUUGGCUCAUCAAACAAAACAACUCAAGUUUCGAUAUUGUUGUAUGUGUGUGUGUUUUUUUUUUCUUUCCGAAAUCGUUUUUGUAUCAUGUUGAAAAACGCGCGCCUUUUGAUUGGCGUUUUCAUAUUGUUUGCCAGCCUCAUAACGGAUACACAAGCCACAGCAAAUAAUGAAACGAGUUUCCUGGAGUCAUCGCUCCGAUAUUUGGAUGAGCAGCUGCUGUACGAUAUCUUGCCGCGUGCCACAUGCCCCGGCCAGGAGCCAGAUGCGCCCCUAGAUGAAUUUCCCGAUAUAUUUACAGUGGAGCAGCUGCGUCAGGGUUGGGUAGCUCUGCACGUAUUCGCCGCGAUCUAUUUCUUCAUAUUGCUGGCCAUCAUAUGCAAUGACUACUUUCUGCCCACCGUCGAGUGCAUCUGCGAGGAUCUGCAUCUGUCGAAAGAUGUGGCGGCAGCCACAUUUAUGGCCACAGCCACCUCGAUGCCCGAGUUCUUUACGAACACGAUAAGUACGCUAAUCUUGGAGUCGGACAUGGGACUGGGCACCAUUAUCGGGUCGCUGAUGUUCAACACACUUGGCGUCGCCGGACUCGCCGCCCUGGCCAUCAACAAGCCAGUGCAGCUGGACUGGUGGCCCAUAGCACGGGAUUGCGCCAUCUAUAUCUUCAAUACGAUCGUGUUGCUGGUGCUCGCCUGGGGCGGCAGCAUCAGCUUUGUGGAAUCGUGCGUCAUGAUGGGCUUCCUGGUGCUCUACUAUCUGAUCACGUUUAACAACAAUAAGUUUAUGCCAGCCAUACGCGUCUUUAUCGAGGAUCGCAUGAACUGCUGCUUCUCCACGCGUUACGAUCUCACGGAACCACCUGAGAACAGCGCCAAGGCGCAGCUGCCGCUGAAAAAGGAUCCACUCUCCGGCGACGGACUGUUUGUGGUCAAUUUUCCGGAGAAUACCUCAUCCAUGUCGUCUACGGCCAAUUUGACGCACUCCAAGAAUUGGAAUGGCGAGGACGAUGACGACGAUCAGCUACCGCGGAGCAUUUUCGCCUUUCCACACGGCGCUACAACAUUCACGAAAUGCUGGUGGGUCUUUACGUUCCCAAUUAAACUAGUUCUGCGCAUGCUGAUUCCACAUCCCAUGCGGCAUCGCCGAUUAUAUCCGUUGUCCUUCAUCAUGUGCAUCAUUUGCAUUGGCGGCAAUGCCUAUCUAAUUGUCUGGAUGUUAACGGCUUUUGGUGUGGCGAUACGUGUGCCCACCAUUGUCAUGGGUCUCACCUUUUUGGCCGCUGGCUCCACGAUGCCCGAGGCGGUUUCCAGCCUUAUUUCGCUGCGAAAUGGCGAGAAUGGCAUUGGCGUCUCGAAUUCCCUGGGCGCCAAUUCAUUGGCCAUUUUGUUGUCCCUGGGCGUACCGUGGUUCGUGAAGAACUGCAUCAACUAUGGCACCGGCGAGAAGCAGCAGGUGGGCACCCAGGGCAUCGAGUACAAUAUAUUGAUCCUGAUAUUCUGCACCAUCGCCCUAUUCAUCGUGCUAAGCUGCAGCGGAUAUCGUCUAACGAAGCGCGUGGGCAUAGCCCUGUUCAGCGUUUACACGGUAUUCAUAGUGCUGCAAAUAUUGAUCGAGAUGAAUGUGUUCUUCCCCAUGGACUGCAGCAGCUAAUAACCACAACACUAGUUCCAGUUCCAGUUCCACUUCCACUUCCAGUUCCAGUUCCAAUUCCAGUUUGAUAAUCGGUAUUCGUGUUAAAGUUUAAUGCCUUCGAGCUUCUGGCUGGCACCAGAGCAGCACGCUGCCUGACGUUAAGUUCGGUUAAGUUUCCCGUUCUAAUUGUUUAAUGUAUAUACGAGAUCUUGGAGUUGCGUUAGUUUUAAUAUGUAUAUACAUAUCGAUAAUGGGGCUUAUGACAUUGGUUGCUAAAAUGUUGGGUUUUGCUCUCAGUAUGAGUUGAUGUAGUUCAUGGAACUAAUUCAGGCUAUUCAUUUUGGCUUAAAUGCCAAGCUAACGUAUUAUUUUAGGGUUGCCACCUACGAGAAAACGAACAACGACGAUCUACAACAUAAAGGAGAUUUACAAAAACUCACUAUGCUUCAACCACUAACCAAAAAUAUCAAGCUAAUUAAUGUCAUACGUUCACAUUAUACAAUUAAAUACAA